GCAAGCAAACGAGUUUUGAAGGUCGGCUCAGAGAGAAACGCGUACACCAAGUGGACGACGUGUGGCAGGGCGCGUAUAACGGCUACAGUCUUCAACGCUGUGUAAACGCAAUGUGUAUAUAUAGAAAGAAGUGAUGGGCAUGGAAUCCACCUACUUUCAUUAAUCUUCAUCUUCCUAAGCUUGCUACCACAACAUCAAGACUUCUCCAUACUCAGGUUUUGUCCAGAAAAUGAUUCAUCAUCAUCCGUCUCCUUGUGCUCAUGGUUAUCAUGGACACCAUGGUCUUGGCGGACAGCAUCCACAUGGUGGUCGAGGUGGUCACCAAGGGGGACACCACCUCCAUGCACUGGUACAGUCGCUCCAAUCAAAUAUUCAUACAGGUCAGAGCGUCCUCGCCGUGAUACCUCACCCAGGCCCUCACCAUGCUCCUCCUCCACAUGCUCUUGGCUGCCAUGGAGGUGGAGCACAUCAUGGCCAUCACGGAGGAGGGCAUCACGGCCAUCAUGGAGGAGGGCAUCACGGCCAUCAUGGAGGAGGACAUCACGGCCAUCAUGGGCACGGCAUCUGUCAUAGCGGGGGACAUCAUGGACUUGGUGGAGGAGCACAUGGUGGCGCCGGUGGUGGCGGUUUCAGCCAUCAAGGUCACGGGGGUCAUGGCGGUGGACACCACCAUCCCCAUUGAAAGGAACACAUAUCACCUUCAUCCGCAUCACCACUAUCGCCAUACUCAUACGGUUCUUGGCAUUUUUCGGCUGCUUUUUGUAGUGAAAUAAAUAGACAAAUUAGCAUCCAUAUGCUUGUUUUUAGUAAAGCAUGGAUAGCUAUUAGUGUGGUAUUGGAAGCUUGUUUCCAGUGUUGAAUGGGCGUGUAAUAACAUUCUUGUAUUCCAAGGAUUACACUUUGUUGCCUUA